AUGCUGGCCAGCAGGAUAUGCCUGCGUGCGGCGCCAGCGCUCCAAAGACGGCCAUGUCCCUUGGCAGUCCAGAUCCAGGCAUCGUGGCAUGCGAAGCGCAUCUUCGCGACGACGCCCCGGCACAGGAAGGACGAUGCCCGGGCGAGGACGGUCGAGAAAGAGGCGGAGGCGGAGGCGACGACCAAGAAGCCGUCCGAGGAGAAGCUGGGUCCUCAGGGCGUGGUGAAUGAGCAGUCAUCAUCGAAACCCGCUCCAGCGAAGGAUCCGCUUCUGGCAGAGCGGACGGUGUCGAACAAGGAGCAGAGGAAGGCAGACUGGGCGAUUAUCAAGGACAUGUCUGCCUAUCUGUGGCCCAAGAAUGACUUCAACACGCGGUUCAGAGUUGGCUUGAGUGUGGGACUGCUGGUUGGUGCAAAGGUGUGCUCCUCCUGCCAUAUUUGCUUCCUUUCUUAUCCUUAUCCAGUGUUGAUAGAGCCUGUAGGUUUUGAAUGUCCAAGUGCCUUUUUACUUCAAGACCAUUGUCGAUUCCAUGAAUGUUGACUGGGCCGCCACUGGUGGCACGGCAAUGACCGUGGCAGGUGCUGCCAUCUUUUCUUGUAAGCUACACCUCCUGUCUGUGCCUUUCAAUCGCCCAGCUAAUCAGGCUCAGACGGCGCUGCGAGAAUAGGAGCGUCCGUGUUCCAAGAGCUCCGGAAUGCCAUCUUUGCCAGCGUCUCCCAGAGCGCCAUCCGUAAAGUGGCGGGCAAUGUCUUCCACCAUCUUUUGAAGCUGGAUCUCAAUUUUCAUCUAUCGAGGCAGACGGGAGGUCUUACCAGAGCCAUUGAUCGAGGGACCAAGGGCAUCAGCUUCCUACUCACCAGUAUGGUCUUCCAUAUCAUCCCUACAGCGCUGGAGAUCAGCUUGGUAUGCGGUAUCCUGACGUAUCAAUUCGGUUGGAAGUUCGCCGUCCUGACCGUCGGCACCAUGGCAGCAUACUCUUGGUUCACCAUUGCCACGACGGCAUGGCGCACCAAGUUCCGCAAGCAAGCCAACGCUGCCGAUAACAAAGGUGCCACGGUCGCGGUGGACAGCUUGAUCAACUACGAAGCGGUCAAAUACUUCAACAAUGAAGCGUACGAGGCGAAGCGAUAUGACAUGGCACUGAAGAAUUACCAAGACGCUAGCAUCAAGGUGGCCACUUCACUGGCCUACCUCAACACUGGCCAGAACUUGAUCUUUUCGGGAGCACUCACGGCGAUGAUGUACAUGGCUGCUCAAGGUGUUGCGGCCGGCUCCCUCACCGUCGGCGAUCUGGUCCUGGUCAAUCAGCUUGUCUUCCAGCUCUCCGUCCCGCUCAACUUCCUCGGAAGCGUCUAUCGCGAACUACGACAGAGCUUGCUGGACAUGGAGACGCUCUUCAACCUCCAGAAAGUCAACGUCGCCAUCAAAGAAGUGCCAAACGCCCCACCGCUCCUCCUGAACCAGGGCGGCGAGAUCAAAUUCGAAAACGUCACAUUCGGCUACCGUCCCGACCGACCCAUUGUCAAGAACCUCAACCUCACCAUCCCAGCCGGCAAGAAGGUCGCCAUCGUCGGCCCCAGCGGCUGUGGCAAAUCCACGAUCCUCCGUCUCCUCUUCCGCUUCUACGACGUCCAAGCAGGCCGCAUCACCAUCGACGGCCAGGACAUCCGCGAGGUCAGCCUGGAAUCCCUGCGCAAGAGCAUCGGCGUCGUGCCCCAGGACACGCCGCUCUUCAACGACACCAUCGAGCACAACAUCCGCUACGGCAACAUCGCCGCGCCGGACUCCCACGUCAUCGCCGCCGCCCGGCGCGCCCGCAUCCACGACAUCAUCGCCUCCCUGCCCGACGGCUACAAGACCAUGGUCGGCGAGCGCGGCAUGAUGAUCUCCGGCGGCGAGAAGCAGCGCCUCGCCGUCGCGCGGCUCAUUCUCAAAGACGCGCCUUUGCUCUUCUUCGACGAGGCGACGAGCGCGCUGGACACGCACACGGAACAGACGCUGCUGCACAAUAUCAAUUCCAUUCUCAAAGAGCGGCGCCGGACGAGCGUCUUCAUCGCGCAUCGCUUGCGGACCAUCUACGAUAGUGAUGUGAUUAUCGUGCUCCAGGAGGGCAGGGUUGCGGAGCAGGGGACGCAUGAGCGGCUGGUGGAUAGUGGAGGGGUUUAUGGGGAGCUCUGGAGUGCGCAGGAGAUGGCUUUUAUCGAGGAGGGCGAGGAUGAGGGGGAAGGAGGAGAAGGAGAAGGGCAGGAUGCGAGGAACAACAAAGAGAGGAAAUAG